AUGGUGUUUGUGAAUGUCCUGGCAGAUGCUCUCAAGAGCAUUAACAAUGCUGAAAAGAGAGGCGAGUGUCAGGUUCUAAUUAGAUUGUGCUCUGCAGUCACUGUCCAGUUUCUAACUGGGAUGAUGAAGCAUGGCUACGUUGGCGAAUUUGAAAUCAUUGGUGAUCAUAGAGCUGGGAAAAUUAUUGUGAACAUCCCAGGCAAGUUAAACAAAUGUCAAGUGAUUAGCCCCAGAUUUGAUGUACAACUCAAAGAUCUAGAAAAAUGGCAGAUUAAUUUGCUCCCAUCCCACCAGUUUGGUUUCAUUGUACUGAUAACCUCAGCUGGCAUCAUGGACCAUGAGGAAGCAAGAUAA